UGAAAUGCCAUCAACAUCUGGCGCUCGCCGACCAUCUGACCGGAAACCGAUAUCUCACUCCUCAACAUCCCGCUCGGAACCUAAGAAGAAAGUGGACAACAAAGAAAACGUGGAAACUCAAAGCGAAUCGGUACUGGAGGAGCAGUAUGUUGUCGAAUCAGUCGUCGGCAAAAAAGUUACCAAAAAAGGUAAAGUCCAGUACUUGCUGAAGUGGAAAAACUGGCCCCAUUCUGCUAAUACCUGGGAGCCUGCUGAGAACCUGGACUGUCCUGAACUACUGGCGGCAUAUGAAAAAGAGGAAUUGACAAGAGUGAAGGACGAGGAUAAGCCGUCUACAUCUCAAUCUAAACCAUCAACACAAGCACAAUCAGAUUCCAAUAAGACUAAGGUUCAACCUGCAAAGAAAUCGAGUUCAAAAGAAAAAGCUAAAGACCAUUUUCAAGUUCCUGCUACUUACGGGUUCGCCCGAGGUUUGGAUCCAGAAGAAAUUCAUGGUGCUAGUGAUGCAGGAGGAGAACUGAAGUUCCUCAUGAAGUGGAAGGGGCAGAACGAUCCGGAUAUUGUACUGGCUAAAGAAGCCAACAUUAAGUGUCCUCAAGUUGUCAUCAAGUUCUACGAGUCUAUGCUGACUUGGACACCUAAUGAAUGAAAUCGAAAGUAUGCAUUCACCUUGUUCCCAUGGUUGAGAUCUUUAGAUAGGUAGACGGUGAUUUAGAGAUUUGACUAGAUGAUUUUUGUGCUCAUACGGUGAGAAAUUUUGAGAUGAGAUAGAUUUAUUUUUGAUUGUUAAGUGAAAUUUGUUUUGCUUAUUUGAUAGUAUGUGCCGUGUAUUUAUUUGUUUCAUUGACAAGCUGUUUUUGAGGCAUUCCACUCUAUCAAGGCACUUUAAUUGUAGUCUAUUCUUGUAAUUGUUUAUUUAUGCAGUAUUUUUGAAUUGUGAUUCAUUGUUAAAAUUGGAUCGUUUUAAGAAAAUGUCUCGAUA